AUGGGUGGGUGCAAGUCUCGAAUGGCUUCUGUUAAGAUUAUUUUCGCUUUUGAUAAGAAAUAUUUUGCUCGAUGGACAAGAAAGCAGUGGAUUCCAAAGGAAACAUCAUUCAGGCAGAUUCAUAAAGAAGUUAAAAACGCUUUAACUUCUUUAUAUUCACAUGACAAAUAUAAAGUAGUUCUCAAGUUCCGAGGCAAAAUAUAUAUCCUUAUUAUGAAUAAUUAAGCUGAGAUUUUAUUUUAAAAUAUUGGAUAAUAAAGGAAUUUUAUUCAGUUUAGGAAGCAUAACUCCCACGAUCCAACAACCCUUUUAGACUUAAACGCAGAAAAUGGGGAAAAACUUUCAAUUUCUGUUAGCCCAAAAGAAAAACCUAAAGAUAAAACCUUUAUGAAUAUAAGGCUUCAUUGCUGUACUGAUGAAUAUAUAUGUAUAUUCAUCAAAAAUGGAUCAACCGUUUUACAGUUGCAGGAAGAAAUAGUUAAAUAUAAGCAGUGCUGCAACCAAACGGACUUAAAAAUAAUUUAUAAGCACCUAGAAUUGUCAUCAGAAGAAUAUGUCCCAGAAAUAGAGGAAGGCAUUCUUGAUGUAUAUUUCAUAUGAAUAUAUUGCAAAAAAAUGCUCAAAUUGAAUAUUCCUAUAAUUUUAAGAGGAAUUUGGUAAUAAUUUAGAUAAAUCAGCAUAUUUUCAAACACAAAAAUAUCAGAGAACUUACAAAGUCCAUGAAAAAUUAAAAAAUCAGGACUCGUAAAAGAAGGCUUGUGUAUGAACAUAAACUGCUUGGCCUACAAACAAAUUGUAUCAGUAAAUAAAGGGCUCGGGCAUUUUAAUUUACUAGCUGAGGCUAGCCAUUUAAAUAUCGAAAAAUGCGGUAUCUGCGAUGAGAAACUGUACAACACUCACAGAAUAGGCUUUGCAAAUUGUGUAUACUCAUACAAAGCUAUAAAAAAUGAUGAGACUAUACAAGAAGAAAAUUGCAAAGAAAUUAGGACAAAAUACACAGAAUUCGAUCUUAUUAAGCAAGCUGGGUGGUCACAGCUUGAAGUCACAGUUUCAUGUCUUCCUGGCCAUGUUUCUAGUAAUUUACAAUAA